UGUGCAUCAGUGUCAACAUUCUAACAGAGGCCGAGCGCUGCCGCGGAGCGACAACCAUGUCGGAGCAGGAGUCUCUGAGGUGCUCCAGCGCCAGGAACCGUGGAGGCGUCCAGAGGGUCGAGGGGAAACUGAGAGCCAGUGUGGAGAAGGGGGAUUACUACGAAGCACACCAGAUGUACAGGACUUUAUUUUUUAGGUACAUGUCACAGGCUAAACAUGCUGAGGCCAGGGAGUUGAUGUACAAUGGCGCUCUACUUUUCUUCAGCUAUAACCAGCAAAACAGUGCAGCAGAUCUGUCCAUGCUGGUACUGGAAGUGUUGGAGAAAUCUGAGACAAAAGUCGAAGAGGAAAUAUUAGAAAGCCUGGCUAAGCUGUUCAGCCGGACGGACCCGAACUCUCCGGAGAGAGUCGCGUUUGUGUCCAGAGCCUUGAAAUGGUCCACAGGAGGCUCCGGCAAGUUGGGUCACCCAAAGCUACACCAGUUGCUAGCUGUCACCUUGUGGAAAGAGCAAAACUACAGUGAGUCACGUUACCACUUCCUGCAUUCCUCUGACAGCGAGGGCUGCGCACAGAUGCUGGUGGAGUAUUCGUCGUCCCGAGGCUUCCGCAGCGAGGUGGACAUGUUUGUAGUGCAGGCCGUCCUACAGUUCCUCUGCUUAAAGAACAAAAGCGGUGCAUCUGUGGUGUUUAGCACAUACACAGAGAAACACCCGUCCAUAGAGAGGGGCCCUCCCUUCGUCCAGCCUCUACUAAACUUUAUCUGGUUUCUGCUGCUGGCAGUGGAUGGGGGUAAAUUAACAGUUUUCACAGUGUUAUGUGAACAAUAUCAACCUUCCCUGAAGAGGGACCCCAUGUAUAAUGAGUAUCUCGACAGAAUAGGACAGCUUUUCUUUGGCGUUCCACCCAAACAGUCUCCAUCAUACGGCGGACUGCUAGGAAACCUGCUGAACAGCCUGAUGGGUUCGGGCGAGGACGAUGACGGGGCUGAAGAAGCCCAGGAAGACAGCAGCCCCAUAGAACUGGACUGAGCCUGCAGCCUGGGAGAAGAACAAGUGAACACAAAGAAAGAGGAAGAACACCCCCCCCUUCCCAUCUAUCGGCCCUCCCUACGUCACCUUGACAACAGGGAUGGGGCGGUGCUUGGGUCUGUGUUUUCAGAGGCUUGCUGUUUCCAGGAAACCCAUCGACCCCCUCCUCCCCCUCAUCCCACCUAUCCAGUCCCCAAAAUCAGAAUAAGAAUCCGUUCACCCAAACAUCUCCCUCACCACUGCCUGGACUGACGGCGCCAAACUGCAAACUCUUCCCAAGCUGUUCAGAUUGUAUUAUUUUAUUUUAAUAAUAAUUUUGUUAGUCUGUCUUGUUCUUUAGGGUUAAUCAUUUUCAGCCAACAGAUAACUCGCUGUUUCUCCCUGUGAAAACAUUAGGAGAGGACAGCGUCCCAUGUGACAGCUUUCAUCACAAUGUCAACUCGAUCAUUACCAGAGGGUUUACUCAACUAACUAAUAAUCUACAACUAUUAUGUUCGGUCGAUCAGAGCCAUGUUGUUAACUUAAUUGUUAAUCUCUUCUCUCAAUUUAUUCAAAGUUAAUUUAAGAAAUUGUUGCUGUAGUCGAGGCCGAUUUUCAGUUUCUCGGCUUUAUGAACAAAAAAAAAAAAACAGGAGCGCUCUGUGUAAAAUCAUUUUGCACCUUGAAUGUCUACCAAACAAACCUUUUCGGCUCAGUGUCUUUAUGGGUCAUAUUUUAUUCAAUUAUAAACAGAGCUGUCUGUGUACAAGGAGCUCUAGGUCUCACUUUUUUUUUAUGUGCACAUGCUGAGCUCGUCCGCACUGUUCAAGAGAAAUUGUGUCGGAAGAUGCGUUUCUGGCCUCGGUACAGUCGGCAGAUGUCUUGUAUAAAAUAAUCCUGGCAGCGAGCUGCGUGAAGCACUUGGUGAUCAUGAGGUGAGAGGAGAAAAAUGAGACACUGAAAAAUCCGUCUGUUAAGAGUGAAUUUUGCUUUGCGUGUUUAUAAAAAGCUGAUAUUUAAAUCUGCUGCAUACCCGCCCGUUUCUGGCUUUUUCAGUUCUCCCUUUUUUUAACCAGUUCCUCUCAGAGGUGAAGCGACGGUCUGUCUUCAGUUCAGUUCGUGAACGACAAAUAGCUGCUGUUUAUCAGUGUUACCUUCAUCGACCCUCGGAGAGCUCACACUACACCACUUGUUCCCUUCGGCUUUCUUUGCCCUCAUCAUCCAGUCUUCAGCUUUGUUUGUCCGCGUAGUGACGUUUGAUCAGCCCAGGUCUGGUCAGUUUGCUAUUUUUUAGGAUAAAAAAACUUAAUUGUGCUCCAGAUAAUCUAGAGCCGUCAAACCCCCACGUGAAGUCAACAUCUUUAUUAAAAACUCGGAAUGUCCACAGGUCUUCCAAUGUCAAGUAGUUUUUAUUUACUUGUGUUAUUAUCUGUUUGGGAGUUAGAAAUGGCUGAUAUUAAAUAAUGAAAAAUUGGCAUGAGUCACUCGAGCACAAUUUGAAUAUUAACAACUAAAAUAAUUCAAUAUAUUUUUAUUAUUUAAAGAUUGGCUAAAGGUGGUGUUCUUAUAGCUGAAGUACUUUAUUGUGAUAAUUCGAUGCUUAAAAUUUGUCAAUGGGUAAUUUCAAUAUUUGACUAAAUAAUUUCAGAUUAUCUAAAUUUCCCAUUUAGUUCUUCCAUACAGGACUGGCUGGCUCAAUGUCUCAGUACUACAGACAGACUCAUAGAAUGUUGUUGAGAUUCUGUGAUUGUUUCCAUCAAAUGUUGAAAAUACAACGAAAAGACGAGUGAUGUGGUUGCAGUCAACAGAGAUCGAAAACAGAAAAAUCUCAUUCUUAACCUAAACAAUGAUUAAAAAAUAACCUUAUGUUAAAUAAAACUUAUUUCUGGUGACCAGCGCCUCCCGCAGGCUUCUGUUGCACCGCUGAGGUCGAGCAUCCAAAGAGGAAACUCAGGGCGAAACUGACUUUCAGGCUCCUCACUACGUUUUCCAAAGAGCUCACUAAUCACAAAACAUGCUCCAGUUCCCAUAUUACAUGUUUCUGUUCAGUGUCACUGUCAUAGCUUUUAGUUCAAAUUUUAUGUUUGUUUAACGAACCUGAAAGUCAGUUCUGUCACGAUUUCCCUCCAAUCACCUGGCAGUAGAGAAAAGUGUGUGACCAAAGGCCUACUCUGUGUGUUUGUGUGUGUGUCAAUGAACAACAUCGCAGCAUUUGUAUUUGAGUUUUUUGUCUUUGAGAACUAAAGGGGAGUGUUUGCCUUUUCAAUGAUUCACUAACUGAAUAAACUACAACUGAGAAGAGUUUCAGAAUGUUUCAAAACAAA